UUGGAAGCCAUGAUGGAAGCUUAAGAGAAACACGAAAAGAAGAUGAUUACCUGGACGUAUCUGUCAAACGAAUCUGUGCAGAUAUUUGGUCUUUGUAUAGCCAAUAUAAAUGCACGGUGGAGCCUGUCACUUUUUCGCGUGUAUUUUGGCAAUUAAUCGACGAAGAUGUUGAUUCGCUAGGAGUUUUUUUUUUUUUUUAAGUGGGUAGCUAUUGCUGCUAACUAGAUGGCUAGCUAAGUCUGAGUGGAUAUGGUAGCUAGCUACUGCUGGGCUUUCCGAGGGCUGGUCUUCAAAUUCGAGCGAGCGCCGGAGAGUUCUCUCACUGCGGCUUCGGUAGAUCAAGAGGUUCGGACCGUCUCUUAUACCUUAUGGUUAGGCGGGAGGAGAAUUGUAUGUAUUUUUCAGGGGGGAGUUGCAAGACAAAUUCCAGGAUUGGGAAAGUUGGGCCUGUGCGGAGGAGCAGAACAAGGCCAGUCUCUAUGAUCCAGAGAAGAAGCCAUUCUAGCUAGCUAACGCGUUAAUCCUACUCACGACAACGAGCACUGCUAGCUUUGAAGCCUGUCUCACUGCGAGGAAGGAGCUGCAAAAUCAAAAGGGCAAAGGGCGAUCGAGAGGCAAAGCCAUUGCAAGCCGAAGCAAAAGCAACGAUAACUAGCUAACUUUUCAUAAUUUGAAACCCACAGAGACUCCUGUCACUUGCUAGUUAGCUACAAUGGCUGCGAUAAUAAAAGAAAUGGUCAGCCGGAACAAAAGGAGAUACCAGGAGGAUGGGUUCGACUUGGACUUAACUUAUAUCUAUCCAAACAUCAUUGCUAUGGGCUUUCCUGCAGAGCGACUCGAAGGAGUGUACAGGAACAAUAUAGACGACGUUGUACGGUUUCUUGAUUCGAAACAUAAAAGCCAUUAUAAGAUUUACAAUCUUUGUGCAGAACGACACUACGAUGCUGCCAAAUUUAACUGCAGAGUUGCACAGUACCCCUUUGAAGACCACAAUCCGCCUCAGCUAGAGCUCAUCAAGCCGUUCUGUGAAGACCUGGACCAGUGGCUGAGCGAGGAUGACAAUCAUGUGGCGGCCAUCCACUGCAAGGCAGGGAAGGGCCGCACCGGGGUGAUGAUCUGCGCCUACCUCCUGCACCGCAGCAAGUUCCAAGAGGCCCAGGAGGCCCUCGACUUCUACGGGGAAGUGCGGACAAGGGACAAGAAGGGAGUGACAAUCCCGAGCCAACGGCGCUAUGUGUACUACUACAGCCACCUGCUGAAGAACAAGCUGGACUACAAGCCAGUGGCUCUGCUCUUCCACAAAAUGGUGUUUGAGACGCUACCAAUGUUCAGCGGAGGCACCUGCAGGGACAGUACCUUUAAAAACAGGAGCGAGCCGAUCCCUCAGGGCUUCAAGAAAGGGAAUUGGCAUUGGGAUCCUCAGUUUGUGGUGUAUCAACUUAAAGUCAAGAUCCACACGUCCAACCCGGCUCACACGCGGAGGGAAGAAAAGCACAUGCUAUUUGAGUUUCCCCAACCGCUGCCCGUGUGUGGAGACAUCAAAGUGGAGUUCUUUCACAAGCAAAACAAAAUGAUGAAGAAGGAUAAGAUGUUCCACUUCUGGGUUAACACCUUCUUCAUCCCCGGGCCAUCGGAGGAGAGCAUGGAGAAGGUGGAGAACGGGUCGGUGGUGGUGGUGGUGAACGACAUGGAAGGGGUCCAGUACCAGCCUCCGGGCGGCCCCCCUCCCCAGGCCCAGCCCCCCCAGAGCGCCGAGUGCAGGGACAGCGGCAAGGACAGUCACGGGGACUACCUCAUCCUUGCGCUCACCAAGAAUGACCUGGACAAGGCCAACAAAGACAAAGCUAACCGCUACUUCUCACCUAAUUUCAAGGUGAAGUUGUAUUUCACAAAAACCGUGGAAGAUUCUUCGAAUUCCGAGGCGAGCACUUCGACAUCCAUCACGCCGGACGUUAGCGACAAUGAGCCUGACCAUUAUCGAUAUUCCGACACCACUGACUCUGAUCCGGAAAACGAACCUUUUGACGAGGAGCAGCACACGCAGAUCACGAAAGUGUGAAC